CCUUCUGACCCAUCACUCCGGCCCUUGGACCAGGAAAAGGAGAAACCCGGAUACCGCAGCCAUGAUGAGGACAACAGCCCAGGUCCAAUAGCGGCAGAGGAAUAUCCGGCCGAGCUUACCGUUGCCGCCGAUGGUUCGGGAAACUAUAAAGGCAUCAAUGAAGCGCUGCAUAUGUUCCGGGCCUAUUCGCCCGUGCCAUUGAAGCUGCAUAUCAAAAAUGGUAUCUAUAAAGAGAAGGUAGUGAUCCCGCACUGGCUCACCAACCUCACCAUCGAUGGCGAAGACCGCGACAAGACCAUUAUCACCAACGACGAUUAUUCGGGAAAGUUAUUGCCCGGCGGCAGGGAUGAAAAGACAGGCAAAGACAAGAAUUUCAUCACUUUCGCAUUACUGCUUACCGGCUUUCAGGCCGGUGGUCAGGCCGCGUCUGCCCCGCAAAAAGAUACGUCCUUUAAUAUCCCCGCCACCUUACUGAAAGAGAAAAAGCGGCGACCUUAUAUCACCGUUGCAACACCAACGCUGCCGGGAAAUGUGAAGCUGGAAAAGGAUAAGGUAUACCGGACGAUCGGGGAGCGGGAGCUGGUACUGGAUAUCUUCUACCCAAAGCAAACCAGGAAACGCAAACCGGCAGUACUGCUGGUGUUUGGCGGCGGCUGGCGCUCGGGCGAUAAGACCCAUAACCAUGCCAUGGCCACGGAGCUCGCCCGGAAUGGUUAUGUAGCCAUAAGCGCGGAAUAUCGUUUGUCGCCGGAAGCCAUUUAUCCCGCAGCAGUGUAUGAUCUGAAAGCAGCCGUCCGCUGGAUGAAGGCUCACGCUAAAGACUAUGGCAUCGAUACAACGAAGAUUGCCGUGCUGGGAUGUUCCGCCGGUGGCCAGUUGGCCGCGCUAUUAGGCACCACCAAUAACAAUCCUCAUUUCGAGGACCGUAAUGGAAAUCCAGGUUAUUCAUCCGUAAUACAGGCGGUAAUAGAUAUUGAUGGCACCCUCGCUUUUCAUCAUCCUGAAUCGGUGGAAGGUACGGUGGCCGCCCAAUGGCUCGGUGGUACUUAUGAAGAAAAGCCGGAGGUCUGGACGGAAGCUGCUCCCCUUGAGCAUGUAGACAGCAAUACCGCUGCCUUCCUUUUUGUCAACAGCUCCCUGCCACGCUUUCAUGCCGGUCGUGAUGAUAUGAUCCGCAAGAUGGACGCACUUCAUAUUUACUCGGAAGUACAUACCCUGGACGAUACGCCGCACCCGUUUUGGUUUUUCAAUCCAUGGUUUGAUCCGAUGAUGGGACACAUCACCGGUUUCUUAAACAAGCAGUUUAAAUGA